GCCAUGCCGGUCAAAGGAGGCACCAAGUGCAUCAAGUACCUGCUCUUCGGAUUCAACUUUGUCUUCUGGCUUGCCGGGAUUGCAGUCCUUGCCAUUGGACUGUGGCUCCGAUUUGACUCUCAGACCAAGAGCAUCUUCGAGCAAGAAACUAAUAAAAAUUCCAACUUCUACAUAGGCGUCUACAUUCUGAUCGGAGCUGGGGCCCUCAUGAUGCUGGUGGGCUUCCUGGGCUGCUGCGGGGUCAUGCAAGAGUCCCAGUGCAUGCUGGGGUUGUUCUUUGGUUUCCUCCUGGUGAUCUUUGCCAUUGAGAUCGCAGCGGCCAUCUGGGCCUACUCCCACAAGGAUGAGGUGAUCAAGGAGCUCCAGGACUUUUACACGGACACCUAUGCCAAGCUGAAGAACAAGGAUGAGCCCCAACGGGAGAAGCUGAAAGCCAUCCACUUUGCAUUGAACUGCUGUGGCGUGGCUGGGGGCGUGGAACAGUUUAUCUCGGACAUCUGCCCCCAGAAGGACCUCCUUGAAGCCAUCACCGUAAAGUCCUGCCCCGAGGCCAUCAGGGAGGUCUUCAGGAACAAAUUCCAAGUCAUCAGUGCAGUGGGCAUCGGCAUUGCGGUGGUCAUGAUCCUCGGCAUGAUCUUCAGCAUGGUCCUGUGCUGUGACAGGAGCCGCGACAUGGUCUAG